ACCAGUAACGAAGCUACUACGGGGAGUAUCAAAACGACAGAUGCUGAUAAAAAGAGAUAUGCUGCACGUUCACAUCAAUUCAAUUUGAAUGAUCCAAAGUUUAGAGAAUAUUUUCCAGAACUUUGCAUACCUGAGGCAGUGCCCGUCGAGAUUCUUUAUCCAAUGUCAUCAUCUAGUAGCACAUCCACACAAACUUCCAUUGACGCAACAAAAUCAGCGAACCACGUUCCUCCGGCACAGCAACGAAAUGACCAUGGGACGGUCAACCAACGACUCAUACCGGCAGCAAGAAAUCAGAGUUUACAGCGUAAAGCUCUUAAUCGUGUUGAAAAUCCUACUAUACGCGGACAUACGGAGCAUGCUAAUAACACGGCAAGGGUUAACGUUAACAAUCCGCAAACCAACAAUAAUAACAAUAACGUAGGUCAGCGACGGAUUUUGGAUCAGUGGCGUAAAUGGAUAAUAUUAUCAUUAGUGUGUCUCUACCUUGUUAUAGCUAAAUUACUAUACCGAUCCGAAUCUGUCUCUGGAAGUCAUGGUGAAGCUCCUCGAAUGUGA